AUAUACAUCAGAGCUAUAUUAGUUAUGGAGAUCAAGAGUAUGUAGAAAACUGACUACAAUUUGGGAAGAACGGUGAAUUAGUUGUCUUGUCCAUUUCUAGGAUGACAAAUUGAAUGAGUCGCUACUAUACUGUUACAAAAUGAUAAUCAGCUACGUUUCUGCUUUGCCAUCGUAUAUUGCGCGGGUUUGCAACCCUUCCGUUGCAACAAGGCUUAGUAGACUCAGGAUGUUAAAUGUACCGCAUCUUAACAGAGCAGUUAGCCGAUGCUUCUCGGGAGAUGCGGUGUCACUGGAACAUAAAAACGAGGAUUCCCCGUUGUACUCGACCAUGUCCAGUGCAGCGGUGUUCUCCGAUAUCGGACGUAUGGAGUCUAUGACUCCCAGGCAAAUGAGCGUGCUUCUAGAAGACGCAGUAACCGCAAAAGUCACAGAUACAUACUUUUGGGCCAAAGCAGCCGCAAUUUGCCUAAAGGCAUCAGCGCAGUUCAAGUUUUUUGACGCGCUGACUGUACUAGAGUGUUUUGCCAAAGCUAAGCUAGAUGAUCGGACACUGGUAUCGGAGAUGGCCAGCCAUCUUACGACACAAGUACACCGCAUGGAACCAAGACACCUUAUGCAGGCAGUUGAUGUGUUCGGUCGCUUUGGAAGGUUCCCAGAGCAACUUUUCAUGGAGGUCUUCUACAGCAUGAUAAAGUACAGUGAGAAGCUCACUGGACCCGAAUAUGCAGCUGUGUUCAAAUGUCUAGCACAGUGGCAAAUACGGAACCCACAGCUUAUUGCAGCGCUUUCGAGAGGCCUGUGCACUAACAUUAGCAUACUGAGAUAUCCUGAACUAUGCCAGGUUGCAGCAUGUGCACGACAGAUGGAUAUAGCAGACGAGGCCUUCUAUCUUGUUCUUGACGAAUGGCAGCAGAAGGAGCUGCAGUUGAUGACAAUACAGGAGCUCAUGGACGCUACGAAACAACUAAAAUCGCAACAAAUAAAAUAUGAACCUUAUCACAAUGCAUUGGUAAACGAGUUUGUUAAGCAAACCAAGGAGCUAAAUGGAACAGCAGGAGUUAACCAAUUGGCAGACCCGUUCGACUGCCUCAAUCAAUUACGUCUAAUGGACGCAGUGUCAAAGGAGUUCCUACUGGCACUUACAAAGUGGUGUGAAGAUGCAGUACACAAUCCACCAACACGGUCACAAAAACGCCCUGAAAGCCAUGACCUCGUUAAUCUCUACAACAUGGCUGUGGAAUACAACAUAGACAUGGCAUAUCUGGACAAGGCAAUACUCAAAUUCGUCACUUCAAAAGGCGGUCUCAGAUUAAGGUCACCAAAACCCAUUGCAACAAGAUAUAAACCAAACCGGAAAUACAUAUACGCCGUAGAUCCAGAGGAACCUGGGAAAAUACGACCGCCACUGCAUCUGCCAGAAGAUUACAUAGAAGACGUGCCGGAAGAGGAGGCACAGCGAUCAGUAGCCAUGAACGCCGAAUCGGAGCACAUUCACUCAAUACUCGACGAAUUGGACCCGCUGCCAAAGGGGGUUGAUUUCAAAAAGAAGCACAAGCCAUCUACACAAAGUUGUGGCAAGGCGUCAUUCCGCCACAAGGCGAAGACUACCAAACAUAGAAACAUUUCCGUUACACAACAAUUCUAAAACGAAAGA